ACUGUCUAUUUUAGUAUAGAGUAGUUCAAACCACGUUUAUUUGAGCGACAAUACAGCGAUGACAAGUUUAGCUCGCCAAUUAAAAAGAUUAGCAGUUAACUCUGAAGCAUUUGCUGUUGAUCGAGAUUUGGAAAAAUGCUCUUUAAUAUUUGAUCCAAAGCAAGCAGCAUCUAUUGAUCUUGAUGACUUUUAUGAAAUAGGAAUAUCGGGAUUAGACGACUUAGAAAAACUUGAUCCAUCUUUUCAACAAUUUCGAGAUUCGCUGUUCCAUUUAUCAAGUAAAACAUUGCAAAGAGCAAUUUUACAAACUGAAAAGCAUGAAGAAUUGCAGUCUCAAAUCAACAAAUUCUUAAAUUACUGCGUUCCAUGGUUUCAAUUAGAGUGUACAAAGAAAGCAUUGGAAUGGCUAGUACAAAGAUUUAGGAUACAUUUUUAUGAUGUUAAUGCUCUUGUCCAAGCAUCUUUACCUAGUCAUGACUCUCCAAUCUUUGUUAAAAUAAUUAAAAUAAUUAAUUUUGACAAAUGUCAUAAGAAAUGGAAAUUUUUAGAGGAUUAUGCUAAAGAAGGAGUGCAACCUACAAAAACAGCUCUAAUGAAAUUAGCAAUUGAUCUCGAGCUCCUUCAAAGUUCAGUUGAUCUAUUGAAUAACACCAUUGAAAUUCAAGGACCAGUUAAUUCAGCGCUAGAUAUAUGUUUUUCAUAUGUAUCUUCUUUAUGUAUUGGUUGUAUGAACCAUGUUAAAUUUAAUGAUAAACAUGUUACGUUACUUUUGUCUGUUUUUUCAACACUUUUUGAUUCGGAGAUGAAAUCUGGUAAAUUGACUGGAUUUUUCAUAGCUUCCUAUUUGCUAUCUAAACAUACCUUGGAAAAGAAAAUAGUGUUAAAAAUUCUUGCAGCCGGAUUUAAGAAAGUAGAUAAACAGGUUUGUACUGUGGCUGUACAAACUUUAGCUUUAUCUUUUCAACAAAAGCAAUUGAAUGGUCUAUCAAAAAAAUUAAUUAAAUAUUUAUGCAACAUUGAGAAACUAUCGGAUAUACUUAAUGAAAUAGGCAAUAUUCGAUUUACUAGCUUCAUUAUUCAAGCUUUGAUUGAAAAGGCCUGUGAAGAUGAUGAUGACGAAAAUCUCACGAAAACAAUUAAAAGUCUCAUAAAAAAUUGCUCUAUACAAGAAAAGAAAGCUGCUUGCCUAAUAAUAAUUCUAUUUAAACAUUUGACAAAGGACAAAUCCUCAAUGAAUCGGCCAGGACUCUUGAAAUUGCUUCAAGUUUUUGAGAAACGUUUUUCAGCUGCAUUUGAUAUCGCUAUUUAUGUAUGUGACGAGCUUCAAGGACUACACAAGAUACUAAACAGAAAUACCUUAUCCGAUAAACCUGAUUGCGCAGAAACUUCUCUAACUAUGAAUAUUUUCCAUACAAGCGCAAUUCAUAGAGUAACCGGCAUUCAAACUCUAAAAGAAAUGAUUCAAACUAAUGCGUUUUUGGAUGAAAAGUUGCUCUCAUAUGUCAUUUAUAAUAAGUUAGAUUGGAAAGAGGAGGGGCAAUAUAAAGUUAUUUCAGCUUUAUUAGAUUUGACUGAAAAAUUUAUUGAAUGUAGAGAUAAACUUAAAAGUAUAUUUGAUGCAUCAAAACUUACUGAAACCUUGUUUAAAGUCUGCCUCGGUUGUGAUAAACAGGAAAAGAAAUCUAAAAUGAUAAAAAUUUAUGAAAAGUCACUAAUGCUCUUAUCACACGUGUGGCAACUUGAUGAUAAUGGAAAAUUACCAAUGGAUAUGCAGAUUAAAUUCUUUUCGCUAUUUAUUAUUAAUUCCAAUGAAUUUCAUAAAUUGCUUAUCGAAUUUUGUAAACAACACCGUCCAUUAGUUUGUUUCGAGCUACAAAAAUUCUUAAAAAGUAUCAAUUUGGAGGAAAUUUUAAAACCAAGUGAAAAUUUAAACAAAAUAGCCGAGAUUUUGUUAAAAAAUAAGACUGAAAAUUCAAUAUUAAGCUAUCUUCGGUCAUCGUGGAAAGAUAAAUCAGAUUUUCAAUUCUUACUGUCAUCUAUCUGUCAAAAUAUGUUCCAUCUCUGUAAAACCAGAAAAGAUUGGGAGUAUGUAUGGAGUUUUUGCGCUGAAUUGUUAGAAGAUAAUUUCGAUUUAUCAGGAGUUGAUAAAACGGUGUUUGAUGAGGCAAAUUUAGAAAUCUGGUUAGACAUAUACCAGGAGGAAGAACUCGUUAAAGUUUCCAAAAUAUUUUGUAUUCUUUCUUCAGUAGCAUCCAUUAAAGCUGGUAAUUUAGGAAAUUUUAUGUCACCUGGUCAGGUUGAAAAUGAACUCAGGGCUUUGAGAAAAUUUAGUGCAUUAGGUUGUAUAAAGAAAAUGAAAAAGAAACUAACAAAAGUUGUUCACGAUUUAAUGAUGGAAAAUGUUACAUUUGGUGUUGAAGUUUUCAAACUAUUACCCGCUCUAAAGCUGAAUGAUACGGUUUGUGAAAAUUUCUGUAUCUAUUUAACUGACAUUGAUGAGGAUGGAAAAACACCUAAACCGAAUUUCUUACUGUGCCUCAUUUUACUAUUGUCACCCGAUUCGAACGAACGUAGCUGGAGUAUUAGUACCCUUAAAGCUAUUAAAAAAAAUUUAAGUUCACCAUGGAAAAAAUUUUUUGAGUACGUCUUGGAAUUUACAAAUGAAAUUAUUGUUGAUCAAAAGUGCAUUAUUUCGGUGAUGAAAAAAUAUCUAGCUCAACACAGAAGCUCAGCUUUUAAUGAAGGCUUAAAAAGUCUAUUUUUUGAUAAAGAUACAUGGCCUGAGCUAAGACGUUUCCUUACCAUUCUUGUUCAUAAAGCUAAAUCAACAGCUGUGAACGAGAUCUUGAUAAAACUGAAUGAUAGUAUACUUAAAACUGGGUCAGAUCUUCAAACUACUGAUAUUCAAACUGUUUGGUUAAUUAUCAAAAAGUUUAUUGAUUGCGGUGUGGGAUUGGAAUCGAUUGUAAAAACUUUAUCUACACCUUUUGCUUGUGCUGUUUUACCCCAGUUAGAGAAUAUUGAAGAUGACGAACUACAACAAUCGUUCAAGAGCCUGAAAAAUCGACAAGAAAUCAUUACUGCUGUAUUAGAUGUUGCUUUCUUUGACUUUUCAACUUCAGAAACCAGACGUCAAGUUCAAGGUUUUUUGACAAAGAUGGAUUUAACUUUUAAUGAAGUUGAACAUGAGUUUAACUGCUUAUAUUCCAAAGAUGGAAAAAGUCUGAAGGAGAGAAGAAUGAAAGAUACUGAAGAAAUAAUUAUAGAGAGAUUAAAAUGGAUAAGAAUAAGCAUUCUUCUACAAGCUUUGUGCAUAAAAGAUGAAAUAUCCGACUGGCAACUCUUUUUACCAUGUUUAUUUAAAGUUUUGCACUACUUGAAUAUCGCUGAAAGACAGAAAGAUACAAUUGAAUAUAAAACUGAUCUUGAUUUUAAUAAACAACUUGUGUUAACUCUCCUCAAUAGUUUAUGCACUGUUUGGGCAUCAUCCAAGAAUAGCGGUUUAAAACAAGAGAGCGUAGCUAUGGACGAUCUUCUACUAUGCUUAAGGUCAUCGUCUAACUUGCAUAUUAGGCAGCAAGCUCUGUUGGUCCUAACAAGUCUUGCUGAAUUAUAUCCAGACUAUAUUGUUAACAAUCUUUUAUCAUUGUUAUCAUUUAUGGGUGAAGAUUUAUUACCCCAAAUGGAUGAUGAACACUCUCUGAAAGUAGUUGAGAAUACUGUUAGAUCUCUCUUACCUGUUCUAGAACGAUUCGAUAAACAAUACGAUUUGCUUCGAGUUAUCGUUCAGGGUCGAAAAAGAGUGCCAUCUCACAGACGCCAAGCUUUAUAUUCAGAACUAUUCGAUAUUUUAAAUAUACCCACUUACUUACCAAUGUUCAUAGCAAUGCUAUCAGAAGAUAUAUGCAAAACUGCAAUUAAAAGAGAUGAUUUAAAGAAGACCAUUGAAAACGAAAUAAAUUUAAUCUUUGAAAAACGUCAAAAUCAGUGCAAACCUGAAGAUAUCGCAGAUGCUUGUUUGGGAAUUUUGGAAUUUACUGGCAGAUUUGCCGAAGGUUCCAGCAGUCUACCAGUAAAACCCUCUAAAUUAGUAAUGAAACAAAAAAGAGAAUAUUUCUUCCCAGUCGUGGCUGAAACUUUAUCUGUUAAUCAACUUUGUUAUAUACUGAUGUCUUCAGUUUUCUCCUGUCAUUAUCUGUUGGAAUACCUAUCAUCAUUUAAGCUUGAAGAUGAGGCUAGUGACGCAUUUACACUGAAGUGUUCUAACCUGAUAGAAGUUUCGGCAAAGUUAACAUCUGCAUUUUUAAGUUAUGUCAACGUGAAAGAUUCAUCAAUCCCCACAUCAUUCUGGUUAAGCUUACAAAGCUUAUUUAAAGACGACAACAUGGGAAAAGUUAUGCAGUUAUUAGACGCAGAGCAAUUUUCGGAUGUAUUGAAAACUUUACUAAGCAAAAAAGACGACGUUAUAAUUAAAAAAAUGAACAACUUAGCUCCAAUCUUCCUUCGUUCAAUGUCUAGGCGAGUUCUAACUGAUGCUGAAAAUAGUGCUUUAAAAAAUCUUUUGGUCACUUUCUCUAAACUUAUUGACUCAUCAAAUCAAAUAGAAAAAAUAACGGCUUACGUUUGCUUAAGAUUCUUAAGUAAAAUGUUAACACCUACUGAAGCAAAUGCUUUCAAAGAUAUUCUAAAAAAAUUGAUAAAACAUCUGAAAACAGAAACAGAUAAGCAAGUAAUCGGUAAUAUUUUUAUGUGUGCUGGUGAAAUAAUGCAUCAAUUGGGUGCGACAGCCAUUGUAUUUUUGUCAGAAAUUUUGGAAUCUUUAUUUUUACAUAUUGAGAGUGUUAAUGACCUGUCAAAUUUGAAUGUUCAAUUUUUAACUGCGUGCCUUAAUACGUUAGCAAGGAUUUGUAUGAAAAUGAUCAGGUUUUUAGGACCAUUUUUGGAAAGAUUAUUAAAAACCAUCUCAAAAUUAUCGGCAUAUAAAACGGCGAAGAACACUGAACGACUUAAUUUAAUCAAGGAUUGUUUAGUAAAUAAUAUUGAAAUAAGAGUGAUCUUACCAGUCUUGAAACAACAUGCUGACGCUCAUCUUCUGGAAAUAUUGCUUAGUUCAGUUGAAAUAAUGAACGUAAAAGAUAUUGCUACAUAUUAUUCUCAAAUUGUGGAUGUGGUUUGUGCUGCAUUGGAAAGUCAAACCGAGAGUUUAGACAUCUCUAGUAGAAUCCUCUACUCAGUAGCAAUGAAAAGCCGUCAAGAUACUUUUAAGGCCAUUUUGUCGAAUUUCGUAUCUUGGGCUACUGUCAACGAAGAAGAUAUUGUAUUUAGAAGGAAGAAGGUUUUACUUCAGUUAACUUCAAUGCUCGCAGGAAAGUUGCGAUCAGCCUUCACAAGAUGUGCUGCCCCCAUAUGGCCCUUAAUUAUGGAAACUCUUGAAGGUGAAAGUGAAAGUGUUGAAAACGCCUUAAAGACCGUAGCAGAAUGCGUAUACUAUGAGCAAGAUGUUCAUUUGGAUGACAGAACUAUUGGUCAACUAGUUACUCUUAUUACGAAUAAAAUAGGUAAAGGUGAUACACUUAAAGCAUUAUCUGGAUUGGCUGUUGCCAAAUCAGCCGAUUCCAAGAAAGUCGUUGAAGAAAUAGUAUCGAAAUUUACGGAACCUGACCCUAAUAUUAAAAUUAGUGGAAUGAAAACAAUAGGUGAUAUUGCGAAUAAAAUGGGUGGAGAAUUCUUAGAUCUUAUGCCAGAUAUUGUACCGUCCUUGCACGAACUUAUGGAAGAUGACGACGAAGACGUUACAAAGGCUGUACAUAAAAUUCUCACAGAUAUGGAAGAAUCCGUUGGACAGGAUUUACAAACAUUCUUCUCUGGUUAAUUGAUAGAUAUAUUUUGUUUUUUGUUUAUGAAAGUUUAUAAAACAAUAAAUAAACCUCAAUAUAAACAUAUAUUACAAUAGAAA